AUGGGUGACCAGCAGCAGAUGUUGACAGUAGAAAACGUGGGCUUCCAGCAGGAGAUGUUCAUAGUAGAGAACGUGGACGAACAACAGAAGAUGUUCAAAAUAGAGAACGUGGAUAAACUAAAAGAAGUUGAUAUGAUUGUGGCACCGAUGACUAUGACAGACAGCAGAGGCACAGUCAUCGAUUUCACAGUUCCUUACUUCUACGCCAACUCGGCUCUUAUUCUCAGCAAACAAAAUCCCAACACCAACAAGUGGAUGACUCUACUCUCCCCAUUCCGUUACGAGGUUCUUGUGUGUAUCCUCGUCUCACUAAUCUUCUCCACUGUCUUCCUCUUCCUGAUAGAAGAAGUGACACCAGUCCGUUCGUGGACGGACGACAGACCCACGGAUAUGCUGACCCGAUAUGGAGAUAUACUCUGGUAUCAUUUUGGAGCUCUUAUAGCGAAGGGAGGAGCAUACCUUCCCAAAUCAGAGUCCGGACGCACGGUGCUCAGCUGUUGGUGGCUGUUCGCUGUCAUAAUGGCGGCCACCUACAGUGGUAACCUCAUAGCGUUUCUCACCGACGGACGAGAAAAAACGCCCUUCUCCAGUCUGGCUGAAAUGGUGCAGCAGGACACGUACAAGUGGGGAUUUGUGGGCGGGACAUCACUGGUCACUCUCUUUCAGGACUCCAACAUUUCCGUCUAUCAGAAAAUAUGGCAACGUGUGGAGGAAAUGACGGCAAGGGAUCCUGAUUGGUUGAGUGAAGAUGGCAACGAGCACCUGCGCCGAGCUGCAGAGACCCAAUAUGUCUAUAUUGCAGAAGAGUCUACUUUGGAGAUGUGGGACGACCCACGGCGGUGUAAGUUACAGAUGCUGAAUGAGAACUUCCGUUCCAUGCCAGUUGCAGUUGGACUACCCCAAAACAGCGAACACGUUCAUAUCUUCUCGCAACAGUGA